CUUGAUCCAGAGAGGAAUUCCAAGGAGCUGAUCCGUUCACCUGUUCAUCUUAUUACCGUAGUUGUUAGCUCCUCAGUCUGGUUGCUUCCCUGGAAGUCAUUUUUUCCUGACACUUUUAAUUUUCUUCAAUUUCCUCUUUCUGAUUGUUUUUUCAACUUACUCUUACACCCCUUCCUGCAUAGCAGUUAGGAUAAAUUAUUCUCACUAGAAGUCUCCGUUAAUUGCUUGCACACUACCUUUGGAAUUAGGCAAAAAUCUGCAUGAAAUUAGACUAUAAUCCACGCAAUCGUACAAUCAUAGCUUGGCCACUUUUAGGCUUAUCAUUGAGAUUCAGAACAAACGUUUGAACGGCAUCCUCUUGAGCAAAUCAUGGCCCCCUUCCCUUUAACUUCUCUCCAUAGACCUGAACACAGCCAUCAUGUCUCCCCCAAGUUCAUCAAACUGAACACCACAAGUUCUUAGCUUGUCCUCAGAAUUCAGACUAAGAUAAAUACUUGAUGUAAAGUAACAGUUGAAUGACAUGUGUAGUAUGAAGCAAAACCAUUACUUUCAGGUCCUGCAUGUCUGUCAGGGAAAACAGAUGCUGUGCCUUUUUUUCUGUCAGCUGAGAUGCUGUUUCAUCAAUGCUUACAGUAAUGUUGCUCUUCCUUUUAGGUGAGAACCGGACAACAGUUCCCCUCUCUCCAACACCUCCGCAUUUACAAGGGCAAACACAGCAGGAGGAAGAAUGUGAAUCUGAGGAAGGGUUGCUCUAUAGAGGGACUCUUUCUGUCACAGUGUCUGGAGACCAGUGCUUGCCAUGGGCUUCAGAAAAAGUAAGACAGUUGAGCGCUAGCAAAAACUUCUUGGACGAAGUGCCCCUGGAGGAGAAUUACUGCCGCAACCCUGAUCAUGAUGAGGAAGGGGUCUGGUGCUACGUAGACCACCCAAACAUGACCUACAAUUAUUGCAACUUGAACUACUGUGAAAACAAUCUAAAUUAUGCUGAUGAUAUUCCUGAUAUCUCACGAACUACUAACCAGCAACAUGAAACUUUCUUUGAUCCUAAGACGUUUGGUGAAGGUGAAGCAGAUUGUGGCAUCCGUCCCCUGUUUGAGAAAAAGCAAAUCUCUGACAACACGGAGAAUGAGCUACUGGAGUCCUAUUCCCAAGGCCGAAUUGUGAAGGGGGUAGAUGCUGAAGUGGGCAGUGCACCAUGGCAAGUCAUGAUAUUCAAGAAGAAACCACAGGAGCUAGUAUGCGGUGCUAGUCUCCUCAGCAGUCGCUGGGUCCUCACUGCUGCACAUUGCAUUUUCUAUCCACCCUGGGAUAAAAAUUACACAACCGAUGACCUCCUUGUACGGAUUGGCAAACAUAACAGGAUACGAUAUGAGCAGGGCAAGGAGAAAAUUAUCUUCCUGGAUAAAAUCAUCACCCACCCCAAAUAUAACUGGAUGGAAAAUCUGGAUCGGGAUAUUGCACUAUUACGUCUGGCUAAGCCUGUACUUUUCAGUGAUUACAUACACCCAGUAUGUUUGCCUACCAAGAAGGUUGUUCAGAG